AUGUACACGCCCGCAAGCGCAACUUUCCCGUACACUCCGGCGAGCAUGACAAGUGGAACGAACGAUGUAGACGGUUCAGAGAGCUCUCGCAAUCCUUUCAACUUCCAGCCCGUGGCCUACGCGCCUGGGCGCCCACAGGCAGCGAACAAGCAAACAGAUAUCGGUCGCAGGCGCGGACACAAGUACAAGCACAGUAGUGUGUCCCACCAGAUCUUCCUCGAACCUGCUCCACGCGCUCCACUGCAGCUCCCCGCAUCUCUACCCAUCCCGACCUUCAAGGAGUAUCGAUCCUCCAUGUCCAAAGACCAGAAGUUGCGCCUAGCCUGGUGCUUCUGCCAUCUGGUAGUUGCAGGUCUUGUGCAAUGGGGCGCUCACGAGUCUUUGGCCCUCACAGUGCUGUCCCGGCUCAUCUUCUACGAUGCGCUCGGGGCGUUUCUCUGCGUCGCGGUAGACGUUGGUUCAAAUUUCGAAGUCUGGAAGCGGUCUAGCAUACGGCAUCCGUUUGGAUUUGAGCGUCUGGAGGUGAUUGCAGGACUGGGCAUGUCCGUUGGACUGCUGUUUAUGGGACUCGAUCUGAUUUCGCAUGGCCUGACACAUGCGCUGGAGAACAGUGGCGGACACGAAGCGCACCACGCAGACGCGCACGAGCGAGUGUCUCCUGGCAGCAUUGAUCUUGCCGCCCUGAGUGGCAUUGUCUCUACGCUUGUAUCGGCAGUCCUGCUGAAGAAUCACGCUCGCAUUGGCAAGGUUAUGCGACUGAGCGCCAUUGCUAACCUGCCCUCGGUGCUCAGCAACCCGUCGCAUUUCCUCACUCUGUCAUGUUCGGCGCUGCUACUGCUCCUGCCACUCCUGAGCAUUCAGAUGUACGUGUGGUUAGACCGCACACUCUCCUUUUCGGUGGCAUUUUGCAUGGUGGCAUUGGGCUGGGUCCAGGGUUGGACGUUGGGCAAAAUGCUCCUCAUGUCUUACGCCGGCCCGGGCGUCUCAGAUGUCAUGUACGAUAUCGAGACGGACCCGGCAGUCAGCAGUGUAGAAGAGGCCAAAUUCUGGCAAGUACACUACGGACUCUGCCAGGCCAACCUCAAGCUGCGCGUACGACACUUGGAGGAAAUUGGUCGUCUUCGCGAUCGGAUCGGCAGUAUGGUGCGGAACCGGUUGGGCGGUAACUACGGGAGUGGAGGCCAGAAGUGGGAGGUUUCCACACAGAUCACACUCGAGAAGGACUGA